AUGCACGAUGGUGCUCCAAAACUCAUCGAAAGCGCGCUCAACGCUAAAAAUGAACUUCUAAAUAAAGUGAAACUCGAUUCAUUGGGGAAAAUGCUGAAUGUGUCCGGUUUAGGACGCUAUCCAUCACCAAUUGAUAUCGUCCCCGUCAUCACUGUUUUUGAUGAGCGUCUACAGAAUGCUGAGUUUAGGGUGGAGUACCAUAGCACAGGUGAGUUCUAUGCCACGAACACCGGUGAUGCACUGCGGCUCAUACGUGAGGGAAAUGACUCCGAGCUGGCGGUUUCGUUUCUGCCUGAAGAACAGUACCAUCUAGAUAUGCUCACCUGGCACUGGAGCACCGAACCGAUGAACGGCUCUGAGCACACUAUUGGCGACGGUUUGAGACUUGCAGGCGUCGGCUACGCCGGUGAAUUGCAUCUGAUCCAUCGUAAUACUCGUUUUUCCACUAUGGAACUAGCAUUGAAGCAACCAAAUGGAGUGCUGGCAAUAGCGAUUUUCCUGAACGUGAGUGAUAGCGUUCCUUUACAAUGCUGUACAUACCCUCAUUACUCUCAAUAA